GUACAUUGCAACAUCGGAGGUGGAAGAGACACAAUAGUCAGAUCAAACAUAUUCUAUAAUGCUUCCAAGUACUCGAUGCAGUUUGACUCUAGAGGGAAAUUUGGAGGAGGACUUACACGUACCUUACUGUUAUUGCUCAAGAGAGUACCAUAUCAAAAUAAGUUAUGGAGUGAAAGGUAUCCAGAACUUGCCGCAAUACUGAACAGUACUAGUAGCCCUGGUAAUCCAGAAAAUAAUAUUAUUGUGAACAAUGCGUUUUAUUCCAAACAUAUAAAAGCCAUAGAUGGAAACAAAUAUGGAUCUAACUGGUUCUUAGUGGCUGACAAUAUAUAUACAACUGUUAAAGAAAACUUCUUUGCCCCAGUAUAUGGAAAUUUUAGAUUAAUCUGCAGUUUGAGUGACGUCAAGAUCAGUGCACCAGUGUCAGCAAAUGAAGUUGGACCCAGAGAUACAGUGGGACCAAUAGCAAUUCGACAUAUGUCACUAGCACCAGGAUUUUCAGUAGGCACUCCACAGACACAGAUAACAUGUCCACAAAAACAGCCACCCGCUCAGCCACCGAGAGAACUGUAUCUUCCAGAUGGAUCAGUACCUAACCAUAUCUAUAGCGAUGUUCCUAAGGAAGGAUGUUGGUUUAGAUUUGAUAAUUGUCCAAACCACGUUCAACGUAUGAGUACACCAUCAAAGCCAUAUUACCGUUAUGAAACGAACGACGGAGCUGGAACAAAUGAAACUAUUUGCCUGGACACAACAACGAAAAUGAUGCAAGAAUGUGGAAAAGGGGCAGAAUUCUCAAUAAUAUUUGGACCGACAGGCGCAAUGACAGUUGGAGGUGAAGGUUGUUUCUUCGCCUGGUACGGAUGUCCACGAGUAGGAUUAUAUAGAACUCGUAUAGAAAGAGAUAAUUGGGCUGAGCGGCAUGUUAAUGGUGCUUAUGAUGAACAAGCUUGUCUAAAUAGAGCUCGACCACAAUGGAAUUAUUGUGGACAUAAUACAUCUUAUCCGGUAGUUAACAUCUUUAAGCCAACAGGCCAUUUUAAAGUUUCCGGUGGUGGAUGUUAUAUUAAACCAGAUAAAUGCCCUGGAAACACCGAUUUAGAUCAUAUGUUCUAUGACAGUGACGGAGCUGCAAAUAACGGAACAGAUGACAUUAUGGAAAGUUGUUUUGAGAGAGCUGAAUUCUUUUGGAAGCAGUGCGGUAGUGAUCUACGAUAUCCAGUUACAGCCUUCUUUAGACCAGAAGGGAAAUCUAUUCGCUAUCCUCGAUAACGCAUCUUUAGAAAACAUGAACGCUGUUUAUGUAACAAUAAAAUUUGUUCGAUUGCUA